UGAGGUUGCUUUGGAAAAAAAACUGAGUGUGGUCAUUGCUGUAUUUAAUUUUAUAUUUCUAGUGUCUUUCGAAUUGUUAAAAAAAAUGAAGACCAUUUUAUGUAAAAUAUGUCGAGUCCUGUUAUUUGUACUAGUUUUUAUGAGUAUAAUAUCUCAUGUAGUUUUAGGUAACUCCUCGCCAAAAAAAUUACAAAUAGGGGUAAAAAAACGCCCUGCAGAGUGUCCCAUAAAGAGUAAGAAAGGAGACUUGUUACAUAUGCACUAUACGGGUACACUAGAAGAUGGUACAGAGUUUGAUAGUUCCAUUCCACGAGGUAAUCCUUUAACUUUCACUCUUGGGUCUGGCCAAGUAAUCAAAGGUUGGGAUCAGGGAUUGAUAGGCAUGUGUGAGGGUGAACAAAGGAAACUAGUGAUUCCUCCUGAGCUGGCAUAUGGGGAGGCUGGAGCUCCACCAAAAAUUCCGAAGUCUGCAACGCUUACAUUCCAUGUGGAUCUUGUGAAGAUAGAAAGAAAAGAUGAACUAUAAUAACAAGUUAUUUUUAUACUUUUUUUAAACUGUUGCAUUACAUUGAAUUGCAUAAAGAGUGCAACAUUACUAGACAAUUAUUGUUUAGGUAUUUUUAUUUUGUAAAUUAAUAGUGGAUUUUGUUAAUAUUUUUAUGCAAUAAAUUGUAUGCCUGGUUUUAGGUUGAUUUUAUUAUGAUAGUUUUCAGACAUCCGAAGUUUUCCAUGUUGUUAAUUUUUCGAUUGUCUU